CCAAUCCCCACACGGCUCUACCGGGACUUAAAGUUGGAUGAAACAAACAAGCAGGACAGAGAGCUGUGAGGGGAAAGAAGGGCCAAGGUGUCCAAUAAGAAUCGCUGUGAGACGUCACAUGCUGGGGAGCCGGAUGAAGCGGCCAAUUGAAACGCGCGUCGGUCAAGUGGCGCACAGGGACCAAACACAGAGGGAGCGCGUGUGCCUGGAAAUGAUCGUGAGGGGGAGCGGAAUAAGCGAAACAAUUGGACACACAGACAACCCAGAGAACAGAUGGGUCAACAACUAUGAUGAGCCUCUUCAUUUCGAGUGUCCCAAUCAUCAGAGCAUCAGCUUAAUUAUCAGCAUCCAUGAUAAUAAGAGGGAGGAUCGAAUUUGGGAUUUCAGCUGCAAGGCCACAUUCAGCGAGCAAAGGUUCUGCUAUUGGACCGGAUACGUCAAUGACUUUGACCAAGAGUUUACCUUCACCUGCGCAUCGGGUUCCGUUCUGAGCGGAAUGAACAGUUAUCAUGAUAACAAGAGGGAGGACAGAAGGUGGCAGUUUCUCUGUUGCCAGGGGGAGGUGCCAGUUGAUCACUUGUGCACAUGGAGUGGAUAUGUCAAUCAAUUCGAUGAGUAUUUGAGGUGGGACGCAGACCCUAAUUAUUACCUGGUUGGAGUAUCCAGUUACCAUGACAAUAGCAAAGAAGACAGACGCUGGAGGUACCAAUCUUGCAUGAAGAGCUGAUCCUGGCCUGAACCAUCUGUACAGACUGCAGAGCAAUUGUGCCCUGGUACAAGUACUGAUAUCCAUAUCCCCUUCUAAUAAAUGAUGUUACAACAAUAA